AUGCAUACGGCUGUAGGGGAAAAGCAGCUGGAAAGGCAGUCUACCAAAAUCAAAAUGCUAGAAAAGACAGUUCGAACAUUACAGAACGAUAAGGCAAUUUUGUCGGCGGCUGUGGAAGCAAGAGAUAGUAGACUUUCGAGCAUGACUGAUCUUCAAAUGUCGCUGAAGGAAGUUGAAAGUAAGCUUGGUAUACAGGAAGCUCUGCAACACAAGCUCAAAGAAGCGAAAAUGAAGUGUAAGAGUCUCCGGAUGCAAACAAAGUCUGCUGAGGAAAACGAAAAUGUUUAUCAGGAAAAGCUAGCUAAACAUGCCCGCAAAGUCCUUGAUCUUGAGGGUCAUGUAAACUUGGCAAAUGAUCAACGCAGGUCGUGUCAAAAAGAGCUCAGCAUGCAACAGAUUGCGAUUCAAAGCUUAAAGCAGAGCGUAACAGUUGCAAACAAAAAUGCGAAAGUAUUUCCAAGGAAAUUAGCAAGAUAUGUCGGAAUGGUAGAAGCAUAUGCUCGUCGUCAGGAGAUUGUUCUUCUUCGAGAUCAGAAACGGAAAGCAUUGGAAGAGAUGCAGUACUGCCGGGCUGCGUGCGAGCAAUCACGGGCGGCGCAGAAAAUGGCAGGCCUUGAUAAUGAUAUGGCCAAGGUACUGGAACAAAAUUUGGAGCUGGAACGGUUGCUAUCAGAGUUGACCAAGUAUGUUAGCGCCAAAGAAAUGCAGCUCGAAACUCUGAAGCAAGUGAACGACGCUCUCAAAUCGGAGCUAGGGAGCAUAACUAAAGGCAGGAUGACACGAAAUAUGGGAAAGAAUGAUAUUUGA